AAGUAGGUCACAACCAGAAACCGUGCACUCACAUUUGUGACAGAAAUAGGGGGAGGGUCUCCCUAAAUAAAUACAACAGUAGCCUAGAUAGCAGACAUCCUGCAUUUCACGAUGUGGAAGUUCAAAGUUUCAAAGUUCAAAAAUACCACCCCUCAUCUGCCAAAAAAGGAGUUUUGGAUAAGUGAUUUGACCAUUGCAAAUUUGAUGCAGUCAUGUGGAAAUCACAUCAAGGCCAGCUGCACUCUGAUGGCAUUCAAUGGACCAUCAGCAGGUGGUGGAAGUGUGUCUGUGCUCCCCUUGGAUUCAGCAGGAAGACAGGCCAAGACAAUGCCUUUAGUGCAGGCACAUGCCGAUUUUGUAUCUGACAUGGAUUUUAGUCCUUUUAAUGACAACCUUCUUGCAACUGGAUCUUUUGAUUGCACGGUGAAGCUAUGGGACAUUCCAGACGGGGGUCUGACAGAGAGCAUACAUGACCCUGUGCUGUGCCUUCCUGCAGAAGGCAGGAGAAUAGAGAAUGUACUGUGGCAUCCAUCUGCCGACAACAUCCUCACUGUCUCCUCAGGGACUCAUGUUAAGAUAUGGGAUGUUUCACAGCCAAGAGAGCUCUAUGUACUGGAUGACCACGAAGACCAGGUCCUAAGCAUGUCUUGGAAGGGAGAUGGCAGUCUGCUGGUCACUUCGGCCAAAGAUAGAAAGAUCAGAAUAUUUGACCCUAGAGCAGGAUCUAAGACAGAGGAAGUGGAAGGCCAUGCAAAUGUCAGGGAUUCCAGAGUGGUGUGGCUUGGAGACUCCAUGAACAUCGCGUCCACAGGAUUUAGUUCCAACAGAGAUAGGCAAGUUAUUUUGAGAGACAUCCGAAAGAUGAGUGAACACCUGCAUGUAUCUGACAUUGACAACGCAACCGGGACUCUAAUGCCGCUGUUUGACCCAGAUACUAAUAUGCUUUUCCUUGCUGGCAAGGGGGACAGGAACUUGAAAUUUGUCGAAGUUCAGGACAAAGCUCCAUAUUUGACAGAGGGAACAGCAGAUACUGUGGAGCAAAUAAAAGGGGCAGCAAUGAUCCCUAAAAGAGCUGUUGAUGUGAUGAUUGGAGAAGUGAGCAGAAUCCUCAUACUGUCACAGUCUGCUGUGGUCCCAGUGCCUUACAUAGUGCCCAGAAAGUCUUACACAGAGUUCCACGCAGACUUGUUUCCUGACACCAAUGGCGGACAGGCAGCCAUGACAGCUGAAGAGUGGUGUGCUGGAGAGAAUAAACUGGUUGAAAAGAUUAGUCUUGAUCCAUCAAAGAGAAAAGAUAAAGUUGCUAAGAAAGAGACAGUGCCACCACCAAAACCAGAACCUGUAGUAAAGCCAGUGGAGCCAGUGGUCACAGAGGUCAAGCAGCCACCUGCAGAACCUGUACCAGAACCAAAACCAGACGAACCUAAGGUAGUAAAGUCAGAGAUGAAGAUAGAACUGAAGAGAUCAUCAGUCAGCACGCCAGAGGCAAGCAAGCCAGCUGACCAGCCAGAAAAACCUCCAGCAAAGCCCUCGGCUCCUGCGCAGCCAAGGAAAGCAAGUGUAAAGCCUUUCAAAGGAGUCAGGUUGUCCAAGUUCCGCUAUCUCAAAGGCACACCAGCUCACAAGUCGCAGCACAUCGAAAACAUCCGUAACAGUAGUACCACAGUCCCAGGGGAGAGUGAUGCUUUCCAUGCCAACAAGGAGGUGUGUGCUGUGCCCCUGAGGGGGGCUGGUGGACUGAUCGCUAUCUGCGAGUUAAAUAAGCCUGGUCGUCUGCCAGAUGCAGGGCUUCCAGUAUUACAACAUGGCAACACAGUGAUGGACUUUAUGUUUGAUCCUUUCAACAACAGAAAGCUGGCUGUUGCCACUAUUGAUGCUAAAAUCUGUAUCUGGACCAUCCCUGAUGAGGGCCUCACAGAGACCUUGACAGAACCCACCCAGUGCCUCUAUGGUCACAGAGAAAAGAUAUACUUCAUCCGCUACCAUCCCCUGGCAGAAAAUGUCCUUGUGUCUGGUUCCUAUGAUAUGACAAUUAGAUUAUGGAACCUGGAGACCAACCAAGAGAUGAUGUGCAUAGAUGUGCCAGAACAUAUGUUUUGCCUUGCGUGGAGUGGGGAUGGGAAGAAAUUUGCCACAGUUAGUAGUGACAAGACAGUCAGAAUAUAUGAGCCAAGAGUAACAACACAACCAAUUCAGGAGGGUCCUGGACCAGCAGGUCAUAGGGGCGCCAGGGUGUGCUGGGCGUGUCAGGACAAAUAUUUAGCAGUGUCAGGGUUUAACACGCAGAACACAAGGAUAGUAUCUUUGUAUGACACCAGUGAUCUUGCUGCAGGGCCUUUGAACAUAGUAGAUUAUGAGACAACACCAUCUAUCCUUGUGAUGAAUUAUGAUGAGGGGUCUUCCACAAUCUUCCUAACUGGAAGGGGUGACAGCGUUGUCCAUGCACUAGAAGUGAGCGAGGAUGAGCCUCACCUGUUUCAACUGUCAGACUACAGGCCAGAGGGAAGGCAUCAGGCCCUGGCUUUUUUGCCAAAAUCUGAGAUAAAUGUGAGAGAGGUGGAGUUUGCCAAGGCUCUCAGGUUCACUGGGGCUACUGUGGAACCUGUAUCAUUUACUGUGCCUAGAGUUAAGCCCCAGUUUUUCCAGGAUGAUCUCUUUCCUGACACCAGGGUGACUUGGGAGCCAUGUCUGACUGCUGAGGAGUGGUUUAGAGGAGAGGACAGGGUGCCCAGAACUAUAAGUCUAAGACCUCCUGACAUGGAACCAU